UGAAGCACCAGUAUGCGACGCUGUCCAUUCUGCCCGUCUACCAUAGCUAGUAUCCGUCUGUUCGUGCUUUGGUUUCUUGAUUAAAUCGUCGAGCACUGCAUUCUGUCAUCCGCGGAACGCUUACACAUCAUCCUCGAUUGUCGCACCACGCCCUCAACGCUUCUCGCCCUGGUAGAGACGUAACAGAUUUGCGGUCUCGAAUCUCAGAACAAAACGUGAUUGGCUUUGCAUCCUCAUGAUGGAACAUUAUGCGCGCAACCUUUGGAGGCGGAAAACGCUUCUUUUAGCAUCAACUUUGAUGCUCAGCUUUUGUAUCCCCAUUUUUGGACCAGAAUUCUCGGUAUCUCGGGUACUCGGUGUCUAUAGUACAUACCUCUCCAUCUUGAACAUUCUCCCAGUCCCAAUUGACAGAAUAUCCACAUUAUGGGCUUUUUCGUUUGCAUUUCAUAGCUUCACAGACAUCGAACGCUCCAGCCGGCAAUUGUUCUUUCGAUUCUUUCACUACUUGGUGUGCUGCUCAAUACCGCUCUGUCUAUGGGGAGAGCUCUCUCACCUCUACUAUGGGCACGAUGUCUGCGACAAGUAUAUAUCUUCUUGGCUUCCGUCGAGCCUCACGCUAGGGGUACUGAUCAACGCGAUGAUCUCAUUCUUUGUCCCUGUAGAUAAUGCGCAGCUUCUGGCUAAGAAGGACAAUCAUUCCAAUAGCGAUGUCGAGGCUCAAACAGCACAGAUGCUCAGUCAAGCGGGGUGGUCGAAGAUAACCUAUUCAUCGACAUGGAUUUGUGUCUUCAUGAAGGGCUUAUAUUAAAUGUACUGCUUUUUGGAUAUAGUAACGCUCAUCCGGAAAGUUACGUUGCAAGGGAGGAAUCUCUAACGUCUACAACCCGUGGGCAGGAUAACGGCUUCCGUGGGUCAAGGCAAAAUUUUGAAGCAUCCUCCGCGACUGGC